AUGGCCACCACUACCAACCUCGAACUGCGCACAGUGUUGAGCACGCAGCAGCGGAGCCCUGUGGAUGCACAAGGCCACGACGACGAAGCCUCGACCUCUUGGGGCCCCGUUGCGGUUGAUCGGCACGCGGGUUCAGAGGAGGCACCAACAAAUGUAGCCACGGCAAUCCCCGAGGGAGGCUAUGGCUGGACCGUUGUCUCGGUCUGUGCGCUCCUGACAUUCUGGUUCAACGGUAUCACUGGCAGCUGGGGGGUGAUCCAGACGGCGCUGUUGCAGUCGAAGCUCACGGACACGCCAACGUCGACCAUUUCUUUCGUCGGCACUCUGGGAUUGGCCUGCGUCGUGGCAUUUGGGCUUUUCGGGGUCCGUCUGGUCCGCCUUUUGGGCGCGCGUGUGACGGCCCUCCUUGGUGUCGUCCUUGUUUCGUUGGGCGAGAUCUGCUCGUCCUUCACCACGUCCAACGUCGGCGGUCUGUUCGGAUGCUCGGGCGUGCUCUACGGCCUGGGUGCCUGCCUGUGCUAUUCAAUCUCCAACACGCUCCCGACGCAAUACUUUGCGGCCAGAUUGGGUCUCGCCUCUGGCCUGGUUAAAGCCGGCGGCGGCAUCGGGGCUGCCGUCCUCGCUGUUGCAAUCGAUGCCCUGAUCCGUCGCGUGGGCAUCCCAUGGACGUUCCGGAUCCUGGGCCUCUGUUCGCUGGCCACAAGUGGACCGGCCGUGUUUCUGAUCCAGGAGCGUACUCCACUGGGGAAAGUGCCCUUUCUCGACCUGUCCCUGUUCCGCAAUCUGCCUUUUACAGCCAUCUUCUGCGCCGGCGCCAUCGGGACGUUUGCGCUGUUUGUCCCGCCCUUUUUUCUCCCCCUGGUAGCGCAGAGCGUCGGUCUGAGCUCGUCGACCGGCGCCGGGCUGGUCGGUGCCUUCAAUGCGUGCACCGCAGUCGGCCGCUUCAUGUCGGGCUGGCUCAGCGACCUCAUUGGACCCGUGAAUAUGUUCUUGUUGGCCAUGACUCUGAACGCCGUCAGCAUGCUGGCCAUCUGGCCCGUCUCGAACUCUCUGGCGCCGCUAGUCAUCUUUGCCAUGCUGAACGGCCUCGCAAACGGCGGCUUCUUCACGCUUUACCCCGUCGUGGUGGCUAGCACCGCUGCUCGAGUGGAGAACAGCGAGUCUGGCCGGGUGGCUAUCGCGAUGGGCAUGGCGAUUUCCGGGUGGACUGGCGGCUACUUGAUGGGAGUGCCUAUUGCAGGAUAUCUUCUUCAGGCCUCGGGAAUAGGCAGACAAGGAGGCGGGCGGCACGCAAAGUCCGGCGCCGCAAUCGAUCCGUACCGCCCGGCCAUCUUCUACGCUGGCGGCGUCGCCCUCGCAGCCGCUGGGUGCGUCUUGAUAGCGAGGUUGAAACUGGCGCGGGGCAUGGGGAAGCGGGUGUAA